AUGGUGAAAUUAGGCAGUAAACUGGUGGACAAGAUGGAGAGACAGCCGUCGUCGGAGGACGGUUUUGACAACAUCCCCCUCAUCACUCCACUGGAGGUGGGCCAGUUACAGCAGCCUUUCCCUGAUAAGGUGAUUGUGAAAACCACAACAGAGUAUCAGCUGAAGGAGAAGAAGAGGAAGCUGUACGUUCCGAGCAUCAAGAAGCUAAACAUAAACCUUUACGAUGAGAUGUCCGAGAAGCUGAAGCUGACUGGGUUGAUUAUUAUCACCUUGGCGUUCCUGGCGUGUCUGCUGCUGUUGGUCAUGUAUAAAGCACUGUGGUACGAUCAGCUCGGCUGCCCUGAGGGCUUCGUUCUCCAGCACAGACACUGCACCCCGUCGGCUCUGGAGAUGUACUACCCUGAGCAGAACUCCAGGGGCAGCUUGUACACCGCCAUGACCCACCUCAACCAGGCCAAGAAGAACAUCCCAGAGCUGUCUCCUCCCUGGCUGCCAGUCAUGAAGGACAAGGUCCGCUCCGAGAAAUAA